AUGAUAAUACGUGAAAUAUAAUCGGGUGGGACUACACGUCCGGGAGUGAUAGAAACACCUGGGACCGCAUGUCCGGGAGCGAUCUCAGUUGGGAGUCUCCAUCCCCCACCGCAAAUCUCUGCCAUAUAGCCGCUCAACCUGUUGCUCACAGUGCCCCACCGCGACCAUAGAGGGGAAGGUGGAACCUGUGCGAAGUGAACUGAAGUCUCAGGUUAAAAUGGCUUCAAUGGUCCCUCACGGGAGGAGCAGGAAAUAGGGCAGGUGGUGUGACAGUCAGCUUGUUCUGGAAGUGUCAUCGACUCGCCGUGCGGAGAGUUUUCACCCCAACCAGCGGGAGUGUCUGCGGCCGAAGGAAAUAUCUUCGCAAAAUGAAAUGGAUUUGGACUGUUAACGAUUGGAAUAAAGCCAGUUGGCUAUAACCUCGCAGGCUAACCAGCAAGCUAGUGUUAAUUCCCACUGGGUGUUUCUGUAAGAUCUGUGUUUGACAACCUCCACCAGCGCCAUGGACGAAGCAAGUUUGAAUGACUCAAACGUGAAGGUGGCUGUACGGGUCCGACCAAUGAACAGGAGAGAAAAGGACCUGAAGACUAAGUGUGUUGUGGAAAUGGACGGCAACCAGACCAUCCUCAACCCUGCAGCAGGGAACAUGGGCAAGGGGGACGCCAGGAGUCAGCCAAAGGUCUUUGCGUAUGAUUACUGUUUUUGGUCCAUGGAUGAGUCAGACACAGAAAAGUUUGCAGGGCAGGACGUGGUGUUUGAGUGCCUUGGGGAGAGUCUGCUGGAUAACGCCUUCCAGGGAUACAACGCCUGCAUAUUCGCAUACGGACAAACAGGUUCUGGGAAGUCGUACACCAUGAUGGGUUCUGUGGACCGGCCGGGUCUGAUCCCGCGUCUCUGCAGCUCUCUAUUCGAGCGCUCUGCUAAGGAGCAGCGUGAGGGGGAGAGCUUUACUGUAGAGGUCUCAUACAUGGAGAUCUACAACGAGAAGGUCCGAGACCUGCUGGAUCCUAAAGGGAGUCGUGCUGCUCUGCGUGUCAGGGAGCACAGUGUGUUGGGGCCGUACGUGGACGGACUGUCACGCCUCGCUGUCGCCAGCUGCAAGGAUAUCGAGUCCUUGAUGUCUGAGGGCAACAAGUCUCGCACGGUGGCGGCUACGAACAUGAACGAGGAGAGCAGCCGAUCACACGCAGUCUUCAACAUCAUCCUCACACACACACUACAGGACAUGCAGACACAGACGUCAGGUGAGAAGGUGUCUAAACUGAGUCUGGUGGAUCUGGCCGGUAGCGAGAGAGCAGCCAAGACUGGAGCAGCAGGGGAGAGACUGAAGGAGGGAAGCAACAUCAACAAGUCUCUGACCACGCUGGGUCUGGUCAUCUCUGCGUUGGCUGAUCAGGGAGCCGGUAAGAACAAGAGCAAGUUCGUCCCCUACAGAGACUCAGUCCUCACCUGGCUACUCAAGGACAGUCUGGGUGGCAACAGUCGCACGGCGAUGGUUGCCACGGUGAGUCCUGCGGCGGAUAACUACGAGGAGACGUUGUCUACGCUACGCUAUGCCGACCGAGCCAAAAGCAUCGUGAACCACGCGGUGGUCAACGAGGACCCCAACGCACGCAUCAUACGGGAACUACGAGAGGAAGUGGACAAACUACGGGACCAGCUGACAGAGGCCGAGUCCAUGAAGGCUCCGGAGUUAAAGGAUCGUCUGGAGGAGUCUGAGAAACUGAUUCAGGAGAUGACGGUGACCUGGGAGGACAAGCUGAGGAAGACAGAAGCCAUUGCACAGGAGCGUCAGCGUCAGCUGGAGUCUCUGGGCAUCUCUCUGCAGUCCUCUGGCAUCAGGGUGAUGGAGGAUAAAUGCUUCCUGGUCAACCUGAACGCCGACCCCGCACUCAACGAACUGCUGGUUUAUUACCUGAAGGAGCAUACUCGUGUGGGUUCCGCUAAUUCGCAGGAUAUUCAGCUGUGUGGGAUGGCCAUCCAGGCGGAACACUGCGUCAUCGACAUCACCAGCCAAUCAGGAGUCGUCAUCACGCCACACAAGAACGCCAGGACUCUUGUGAAUGGAUCUCCUGUGUCCGCUCCGAUUCAGCUUCACCAUGGCGACCGCAUCCUCUGGGGCAACAACCACUUCUUCAGGAUCAACAUGCCGAAGCUCCUGUCUCGCAGUAGUGAGGAGGAGGAGGGUGUUGCCGGGGCGACGAGGUCGGAUCUGAGCACAGAGCACCUGGAGGUGGAUUUGGACACGGUCAGCCAGGGGAGCAGCGACGUCAGCUUCAACUACGAAUACGCCCAGACAGAGGUCAUGAUGAAGGCCCUCGGAAACAACGACCCCAUGCAGGCUGUUCUCCAGACUCUAGAGCGCCGCCAUGAGGAGGAGAAGCGUAGUGCGCUGGAGCGCCAGAGGGAGAUGUACGAACAGGAGCUGCAGCAGCUGAGGAGGCGCCUGACCCCCGAGAAGCAGCCGGUCGGCACGGCAACCACCACCCCCCCCCCCCCACACCACCACCACCACCACCACCCCCACCAGCAGCCAGCACACCACCGCAGCUCAGAACACCUGGGGGGGCACGGAGGAGGAGGAGGAGGAGGAGGAGGAGGGGCCAGGGGCCAGUGUCUACGCCAGUGGAGUGAGGAGAGGGAGGGCGUGCUGACGCGUGGUCUGCAUCGUCUGCGUGAGCAGAUCGUGAGGGCUAACCUGCUGGUGCAGGAGGCCGGCUUCAUAGCAGAGGAGCUCAACAAGAGGACAGAAUACAGAGUCACACUGCAGAUACCAGCACCCAACCUCAACGCCAACAAGAAGCGUGACGCGGUCCUCAGUGAGCCGGCGGUGCAGGUGCGUCGUAAGGGGAAAGGAAAGCAGAUCUGGGCGCUGGAGAAGAUGGAGAACCGGCUGGUGGACAUGAGAGAGCUGUAUCAGGAGUGGAAGGAGUACGAUGAAGACGACCCAGUGAUGCGCAGCUACUUCAAGCGUGCGGACCCCUUCUUUGAUGAGCAGGAGAACCACAGUCUGAUCGGGGUGGCCAACGUCUUCCUCUCCUGCCUCUUCCACGACGUCAAGCUGCAGUAUGCAGUACCCAUCAUCAACCAGACGGGGGAGGUGGCGGGUCGUCUUCACGUGGAGGUGGAGCGAGUGAGCGGGGACGUGGAGGAGAGCGAGAUGGGAGGAGGAGAGGAGAACGACAGAGCGGCCUGGAGAGAGAAAGAGAGAGAGAGGGAGGGGGAGGGGCAGGACAGACAGCUGGUCUGCACGGUGCGUGUGGUGCAGGCGACAGGUCUUCCUCAGCACCUGUCCAACUUCGUGUUCUGCCAGUACCACUUCUGGGCCCAGCAGGAGCCCGUGUUCAUCGCCCCCGAGGUCGACCCCCUCACCCCACACACCCCCAGCACCAAGGACCCGCACGCACUCGUGCUCUUCGACAGCAGCAAGGAGUUCUCGGUGUGUGUGAGUGAAGACUUCGUGGAGUUCCUGUCGGAGGGGGCGGUGGCCAUCGAGGUGUACGGACACAAGCUGGCGCAUCCCCGCAGGAACCUGGCACUCUGGGACCUGGGGGUCAUACAGGCCAAAACACGCACACUCAGAGAGAGGUACACACACACACACACACACACACACACACACUGCAACCUGGCACUAUGGGACCUGGGCGUCAUACAGGCCAAAACGAGGACACUUAGAGAGAGGUGGAGUGAGGUGGUGAGGCGUCUGGAGUUGUGGGUUCGAGUCCUGGAGCUGAAUGAGGGCGGAGAGUUCACACCUGUGGAGGUCACAGCAGCCAAGGACGUACGCACAGGGGGCAUAUACCAACUCAGACAGGGCCAGUCUCGGCGUGUGGAGGUGGAGGUGCGCUCGGUGCAGGAUUCCGGAACUCUGCCUCUCAUCGCCGACUCCAUCUUGUCCGUUGCCGUGGGAGACAUCGUCGUUCGACAGACACGCCCCUCCAAAGGCGGCAGCGAAUAUCAGGGCGAUGAGGAGUUGGACAGUUACCAGGAGAGGGAUCUGGAGAGACUGAGGGCCCACUGGCUGGCGGCUCUGACCCAGAGACAAGAGUACCUGGACCAACACCUGCAGAAACUAGUGGGCAAGCCAGAUAAGUCUGAGGAUGAUGUGGAGAGGGAGUCUCAGCUGCUCGAGUGUCGUCUGACGUUGACUGAGGAGCGGAACGCUGUGCUGGUCCCCUCAGCCGGCAGCGGCAUCCCGGGAGCCCCCGCAGAAUGGAGCCCUCCAUCUGGCAUGGAGACCCACAUCCCAGUUCUCUUCCUGGACCUCAGUGCGGAUGACUUCUGUGAUCACCUGUCUCCGGGCCUGGCUGGGGGUCUGGACGCCUGCCUGAGUGAGGAGGAUGAGGAAGACUUCUUCGACCUUCAGAUCGUCAAGCAGCAUGAAGUAGAGGUGAAGGCGGAGGCUUCGUGGGACCCUACUGUGCAUGACUGUCCUGAGCUGCGUAGAGGGGGCGGGGCUAACCAGAGGGUGUACCUGACCGUCAGGGUGGUGCUGCUACUGAGCCACCCCGCACAGAUGCAGCUGGUACUCAGGAAGAGGAUAUGCGUCAGCCUGUCUGGGAAACAGGGUUUUGCCCAGAGUUUCCUGCGUAAGAUGUCCCAGCGCAGCACCAUCCCAGGAAGUGGAGUCACCUUCGAGAUCGUCUCCAAUGUGCCCGGGGACUCGCAGGGUCCGGAGGAUCGUGAGAUGUUGGUGCGUCUGGCAGCGAGUGCAGCUGAGGGGGCGGAGUCAUCAGAGGGGGACAGCGAGGCGGCCAUCGAGAAAUACCUGAGGAGCGUCCUGGCCGUCGAGAACAUCCUCACUCUUGACCGACUACGCCAGGACGUUGCUGUGAAGGAGCAGUUGGCUGCCAAGGGGAAGAUCAGGAGACGAUGCCUCAGCUCUCCUAACGUCAACCGGCUGUCUGGGAGUCGUCAGGACCUGUCUUCUCUCAGCCAGGAUUCCUUCAUAAUGGAUCCCUCGGUCUUCUCUCCUCUCUCCUCUCGAAACUCAGGAGGCCACCACAGCAACUCAACACCUGAGCCAGUGAAGCCCGUUGCCAUGGUGCCACCGGUCCCCAAACUCCUGAAGAGCCUCUUCCCCCGCCGAGACGACAAGAAGGACCUGCGGCCCACACCUCCUUCUCAGCAGAAUGUUCCUCGCAUUAUCGUGCAGACUGCAAGCGUUGACGAAGACCUUGGAGCUGCCAAAGCAGUGCCUGCUGCUUCUCCCGCCUCCCCUCCCCCCAUGGUCACCGCGGUCUUCAGUCCACUUGACGAGGACACAAGCAUCCCCAAAACAGCUGCCGCUGACGUCUCCAUGGCAACCGAACGGCCAGUUGUCUUGGCAACCAGCAACCAACCAGAAGUCCAGGAGCCACAUGCCCCGCCCCCCUCUGAACUGGACACAGAAGACUCCACCCCCAGCCCCAUAAGCGACGCCUCCAGUGGCUACAUGUCCACAAGCAUCUCCAUGGCAACCCUGUCCGAGGCGCCCGUAUCAAACCCCGACCAGACCACUCCCCCCACGCCAGAGUUCGACUCAGAGGCUGUCAGUACGCCAAGCACCAAUCAGGAGGGCCAGGAGGAGGGCACACUUCGUUUCUCUCCAAUCAGUGCUGUGGAGGAGGAUGAUGAUGAUGAUGAUGUGGAGAAAGAUGGAGCAGGUGAGUCUGACGACAAGGAUGAAGAGCGGAUCUCUCUCCCUCUACUCUACUCACCUCUAAUCAUGGGCGACCAGGUCAAACUGAGCCAGACUUCAGCCCACCUGGAGGAACCCUCUGGUACCGCAGAAGAACCUUUUGGUACCGCAGUGGAACUGUCUACAACCCCUGCUGAUGCUGACACAGAUUUAACACCAUCUCUAGAAGCUGAAGAAGGACUGCACAAUGGAGACGCGCAACAUCACGCCCCAGUAGACAACACGGCCAACUCCACAUCCACAUCCACUACUGAACCCGAUGCUGCUCCCCUCACUGGCAUCAAUGAAACACAUUCUCCCUUAGAUGCAGAAGAGAUCUCACGGGAGUUAGAAGAAACAGAUGGUUCCUCAGUUGCUGAUGUGGCUUCAGAGAAAGCACAGGAACUCUCAGUUCCAGAACCGUCUUUAGUCACUGCACAAGAACCAAAGUUAUUGUCUGAAGUGGCACAGGAACUAUUAGAUCCCAAGUCCACCUCAGAAGUAGGACAGGAACCAUCUCCCCAGCCCUCUUUAGAUGCUGCACAGGAACCAAUGUUAGUACCUGAAGUGUCCUCAGAACCAGAACCAAGUAAUCUUGUCGUCGUCCCCGACGCUCUCCCAGAUCCAGCGCAGGAGUCAUCAUGUCCUCAACUGGUGAUUGACAACUCUUCAGAGGCUGCAGAAGAAAAACAGAACCCUCCAGAACCCUUAAAGAACCCUCCUAUAGUUCCUGAACCCUCAGGAACAGCUCUGGGUCCACAGGAACCAUGUCCUCCUUCUUCAGUUCCUGAAAUGUCUUCAGAUACAGCACAGGAACCAUUUGAUCCCAAGUCCUCCUCAGAAGUGGCAGCACAGGAACCAUCUCCGCCAACCCCUCUAGCUGAAUCUCAGCCCCCAGCUGCACCCGUGGAGGUCCCUCCUGCAUCGGACUCCAAAAUCCCCCCAUCAGCAGAGGAACCAGCUGCAGCUGCAGACACCCGCUCGGACGUCCUGGACGUGUCCUCAACGACCACUAAAACCUCCCAGAAAACAGAAGAGCCAUCUGCUCCUGCUCCGCCUGCUGUGGUCUCCUCAGCCAAACCCCCUCCUCCCCACAAAGCUGCAUCAUCCACCAGCGUCACCAAUCCCUUCAAGAUCCAGAAGAUCAAGACGUCCGACAUCAAGUCCUUUAAGGGCAUCAGUGAGUUUGGGGGCAGUGGGGGGAGUCUGCCGGGCCUCACGGAGCCUCUGGAGAGGCUGGAGAUCAUCUCUGACAACGAGGAAGGGGGAGGAGCCGAGGGGCAGGAGGGAGAGGAGCUGGAGCGCCCCCUACCUGAGUGGCUGAAGGAAGGCGAGUACGUCACCGUAGGAACCAACAAGCACGGCACGGUGCGCUACAUCGGACCGACCGAGUUCGCCGAGGGCACCUGGGUUGGGGUGGAGCUGGAUCUUCCAGCAGGUAAGAAUGACGGUUCUGUUAACGGGAAGCACUACUUCCACUGUAACCCUGGUUACGGCGUGCUGGUGCGGCCCGACCGGGUCACCAGAGCCGACGGCACGGCCAAGAGGAAGAGGAAGAACAAGCGCCACAGCACGCACCUCUCCGCCUCCACCACCAACCUCGCCGCCUCCAACACUAACUUGUCUAGGUCCGUAACCAACCUGGCAGCAGGCUCCGCCUCUAACCUGUCGGGCUCCGCCAGCAGGCUGUCGGGGUCGGGCACCAACCUGGCGGCGCUCACGGCCAUGGCCAAAAGGGAAGGGGCGGGGGCGGCACGGCGAGGGGAGAACAGGAAGUCAUGGAACAGCUGAUUGUUGGGUGGGAGUCGUUCUAGAAUGUCACUCUGGAACAGCUGAUUGUUGGGUGGGAGUCGUUCUAGAAUGUCAAUCUGGAACAGCUGAUUGUUGGGUGGGAGUCGUUCUAGAAUGUCACUCUGGAACAGCUGAUUGUUGGUGGGAGUCAUUCUAGAAUGUCACUGUGGAAUGUCUGUUGCUUGUUGCCACUGGAAUUGAGAACAGUAGUUCUAGAGGAAUGGAGAGAAGAUGGCCUUUGUAAUCAUGAGGCAGUGCUAU